GCUCGUCUGUGCUACUACACUUGUCUGAAAUAGGAUAUACCCUGUUUGCAUUGCAUGGCAACUGCCGUCACAGCACAACAGCGUAGCUUUACUCGUUUUAGCGUCUCCGUCGAUAACUCUUGCGCGUUGCCGCCCCAAAGUCCACCGCCACCGCCACCGGGUCGUUGCCGUGAAGCUUCGUUUCCCACCGUAUAAAAGGCUCCGGAUGCUUGUCAGUGCCGAGGCCUGCUGCUUCUUGACUCCACUGCCGCUUCUUGCUCGUCGGAGAUGAUCUUCUCCACUUUCUUGCUGCUGUUCUGGACCGUUUUCACCUGGACCAUUCGUCUCAAGAGAGACGCUGCAGGCGACGAAUCGGCAGCUCAACGGCGGCGAUACGGAAGAAUCUACGACACCUUGGAUCAGGUGAAGGCAGCAAUUCAGGAGGUUGGACUCGAGUCAUCCAACCUCAUAAUCGGGGUCGAUUUCACCAAGAGCAACGAAUGGACAGGGAAGCGUUGUUUCAACGGGAGAAGCCUGCAUCACGUCGGGGACUCUCCGAAUCCUUACGAGCAGGCGAUCGGUAUCAUCGGGGAAACGUUGUCAGCGUUCGACGAGGACAACAGGAUCCCAUGCUUCGGCUUUGGGGACACAUCGACACAUGAUCGAGACGUCUUCAGCUUCUACAGAGAUCGGCGGCCGUGCAACUCUGUUACAGAAGCGCUGCAGCGAUACCGAGAGAUCGCCCCCCUUGUGCGGUUGUCUGGCCCGACAUCUCUAGCUCCAAUAAUAGAAAUUGCAAUGAGGAUCGUUGAAGAGUCUCGACAUCAGUAUCACAUCCUACUGAUAAUAGCUGACGGGCAGGUUCCGACAAGAACUAGCGCUCAUUCAGCAAGCUACCCGGAAGAAACAAGGUCAGAGAACUUCCUUGAAGAAAGGACUCUUCAGGCUCUCAUACAUGCCAGUCAUUUCCCUCUGUCCAUUGUCCUCGUUGGAGUUGGCGAUGGGUCAUGGGAUGAUCUGAUUCACUGCCACGAUAACCGGCGGCUAUUCGACAAUUUCCAGUUUGUGGAUUUCACUGAAAUAAUGAGCAGAGGAACGUCACAAGCCGAGAAGGAGGAACAAUUUGCGCUGGAAGCGCUGAUGAAGAUGCCGGCCCAGUUCAGUGCAGUAAUCAGCCAGAGGAUCAGCGAUCUGGCUGCAAGGGCGCCUCCAAGGACACCUCUUCCUCCACCUUCCUCAGCCGUUUCUACUUUCUAGCACAGCCGCUGGUGAGGAAGCAUCGUAAGUGGGUGAAGGGAACAGUCUGAAGCUUAAUUUGUUACCACUUGGGUUUCAGUCAGUUUAUGGUCGAGAUUAAGCUUAGGUUUCACAUAACAAUGUUGAUGGUGGUGGUGUUUCUUUUUUUUAGAGAACGUAUAGUCUCAUGCUACUCGUAACUGGCAUAUGUACACACUAUUUUCCUUUUUCGUUUUCCUGUGGAGCAGCCAUGAUGUAUGUACAUACUGCUAGUAGCAAAGUACGUAGCAAGUAGGGGAACGUAACAUCUCUUCCUGUGGUAAAUGGCCCGGAUUACAAUGCUUAA